AUGGAACUCAUGCAGUUUAUAAAUGGAUGGGAGCCACUGGAUUCAUGUCGUAUGUUGCAUUCCGGAGUUCUUGAACUAUGUCGUCUGAAACGGAAUAGUAGUGCCAUGAUGAUUCCCUAUAUAGAAAGAACGUUACAUUGGAUGGCAAGGACAGGUUUGCUGACAAAUAUCGAAACAGUAUAUGAAAAUACCGUACCUAUACGAAUUUUGGAACAACCACAAACAAUAACACAUAGCGAUGAAAUUCAAUAUUCCGCUUGUAUUUCCAUCAGCUCGUGCGAUUUGACAAAUACUUAUGUUUUGAAUAUCGCUAUUGUAUGUUUCGUUGGUUCAAUAGUCGUUGAUGGAUGUGCAAAAUGCAAAAUAUUUUAUAUUGCGGGAGUUCAAAAAGUCGAUCAGCUGUUAUGGUUGUUAUGA